GGCUGCUCCUCCUCGGUGAGCACAGGGGGAGGAGGAGGAGGAGGCAGGAGGAGGAGGAUGGGCCUCGAACACAGACUUGCAAUGGCACUGCAAAAAUUGGAUUAAAGCAGUAUGCUGGACAAGAGCGAGGUGGCAACUCUAGGCUUACCCUCCACCACCAGCCAUGGAGGCUCUGACAGUAACAUCAGUGCAGACGGCGCGGGGGCAGCAGCAGCAGGGGUCACAGCAGGCGGUGCAGAGUGUUCAGGGGCUGGCGAGCCGCAGAGGACGCGUGCCGCUCUGGAGCAUCUGCAGCAGAAGAUCCUGAAGGUCACCGAGCAGAUUCGCAUCGAGCAGGAGGCUCGUGACGACAACGUUGCAGAGUAUUUGAAGUUGGCCCACAACGCAGACAAACAGCAGGCGUCUCGGAUCAAGCAGGUGUUCGAGAAGAAAAACCAGAAGUCAGCACAGACCAUCGCACACUUGCACAAAAAACUAGAGCACUAUCACAAGAAGCUAAAGGAGAUAGAACAGAACGGACCAGCCCGCCAGCCUAAAGAUGUCCUCCGGGACAUGCAGCAGGGAUUAAAGGACGUUGGUGCCAACGUACGUGCUGGGAUAAGUGGUUUUGGUGGUGGGGUAGUUGAAGGGGUCAAAGGUGGAGUAUCUGCCCUGACUCACACAGCUGUGGUCUCCAAGCCGAGAGAAUUUGCCAGUCUCAUCAGGAAUAAGUUCGGCAGUGCAGAUAACAUCGCUCACCUAAAGGACACACUUGAGGACGGAGUUGGGGUACACUCUGAGGACACCCCUACACCUCGCGCCCUGAGUGGAAGUGCCACUCUGGUGUCCAGCCCAAAGUACGGCAGUGACGACGAGUGUUCCAGCGCCACGUCCGGCUCAGGAGCAGGCAGUAAUUCUGGUGGGGCAGGAGGAGGAGUAGGAGGAGGAGGGUUAUUAGGACCAACCAUGGGGAGCCCCAGACUGGAUGGGCAUCAUCACCACCAUCAUCACAUGCACAGCUCUUGGGACUCUCUACUGGAGAGCCUGCAGGAGAUCAAAGCCAGCCAGGCGCACAUGGAAGAUGCCAUCGAGGACAUGAAGGGCCAGCUGCAGAGCGACUACUCCUACAUGACACAGUGCCUGCAAGAGGAGAGAUACAGGUACGAACGACUUGAAGAACAGCUGAACGACUUAACAGAGCUGCAUCAGAAUGAAAUGACCAACCUAAAACAGGAACUGGCCAGUAUGGAGGAAAAAGUUGCAUACCAGUCUUACGAGCGGGCAAGGGACAUUCAGGAGGCUGUGGAGUCCUGCCUGACCCGCAUCACUAAGCUAGAGCUGCAGCAGCAGCAGCAGCAGGUGGUCCAGUUGGAGGGAGUCGAGAACGCUAAUGCUCGAGCUCUUCUGGGAAAACUCAUCAACGUCAUCCUGGCACUUAUGGCGGUGCUUCUGGUCUUUGUCUCCACCAUGGCCAACUUCAUCACCCCACUGAUGAAGACGCGAGCCCGGGUCGGUGCCACUGUCCUCCUGACUUUGCUGCUGUUCAUCUUGUGGAAGCAGUGGGACUUUUUGGAGCCGUGGCUGCUGCCCAGCUGAGCUCCCUGAGAGAGGCUGCCUUCAACUCAGUCACCACUUGAGGAUGCAGAGACUGAAAUAGAACGAGGGCGACUGCAUUUGUUCUCUUUGCGUGUGGAGGUGGGGCAUCUGAGGACAAAACAUUUUAGUGGAGGAGUGGACAAGAUCUGGCUGACAGAGAGUGUGAUCAGAGGUGUUUACAACAAUUCUCUGUUUGCCAAGUGACAAAAGAAAACGUCUCAUCUUGUGAGGGAUGAGGACAAAUCAUCGGUUGCAUUGCUGUCACCAAAAACUCAGUUUCUUUUCAGAAAUCUUUUUCCCUCCUUUUCUAAUAAUUUAUGAUAAAUGAAUUGCAAAAACCCCCAAUGACUUUAAAUGCUGAUUAUAUUUGCUGUAACCUUCAUGUUGAAGCUUCAGUAUAAUUGAGAGGAAAAGUUUUUUUUCAUGAAUGUUAUGUGCUCAUGCAUGUCCUCAAAUGUGCACUAAGAUGCAUCUAGCUGGCAUGAGUUGACAUUUCAUUAAUGACAAAAUGAAUCUUCUGUAACUGCCAUUUUGUUGUCAGAAAUGUAGUGCAGAUUUGUUGUCAUUUCCGGUUUGUUGCACAUCCUUUUUUGGUGCUUUUUAGAUGCAUUUCUUUUCUUUUUUGGUCCUUGUUCUUGAAGUUCAAUGAACUGUUUAAAUACGCUGAUAUCUGGAAAA